AUGGCACGCAGAGCUAGUCUUCAAGGCUCGCAGGCUGCCCCGCCACUAACCUCACGCAACAUCAGCCAAGGUCUAGCUCUGCUUACCAACCUCGACCAGCAACGCCAGCCAAGAGAGCACGAUACUCAACCGUACGCGCGGAAGAACCCGAUGAAAACCUUGACUCCACAAGCCCAAUCUACGAUGCCUUCGUCGACGACCAAGGACCUGAUGCAUUGGAACACUGGUUCGGGGCGCAAAUCCGAGGUCACUGGCCGUGACUUACUGCUGAUGAUGUUGACGUCACUUAAGCACUGUGGCUCAUGGGACAUCGUUGCCGCUGUGUUCAAACAAAAGAGUGCUACCUUUCAAAAGCGUGUGUUGAUAUAUAUUGGGUUUCUGCAUCCCUUUUUCAUGCGCAAAUACGUUGCCGUGCCUGCCGAGAAAUGGACGAUGUCGCAGCUAGCUGCCAACGGGGAUCGCUUCACCAACUAUCCCUAUGCUCGCUAUGCAACGGAUGUGACCUUUCAACAAACGAAUGUCCCUGCCGGAAGCUAUGCCGAGAAGAAGUCGUAUGGGCAUAAGGUGGAAGUGUCGGUGCUUCUGAACGGGCUUGCAAUCAAUUGCACCAAGCACUACAAAGGCAGCGUUGCUGAUAAGUCCAUUUUCGACGACAACUUGGAAUUCCACGCAAAUGGCCUUGCCAAACAAGGCGACGACGGCCGCCUGGAUGAUCCUGAGCGAGUUGGUGGGGCACGUCAAUGGGCGGUCCUUGUGGACAAAGGCUACCAAGGGAUACAAAGAGAA